CGAGGCCCCGCCCCGCAGCGCCCGCUUCCAAGAUGGCGGCAGCGAUGCCCGCCCAGCUGUCUGGGUGGCGGUGACGAGGUAGACAGAAGACCAGGUGGCUGGCUAUUCUUGACUACUUCUGUUCCAGUUGGUCCCAAAUUUGCCUUUGGAGUGCUAGAUGGAGCCUUUCUCUGUCCUCUGUGACAUUUCCAAUUUUAGAUAAUGCCUCACAUCUCUGCCCCCCUGGGACCCCCUGGAGCCCCCAUGAUCUGGAAGAAGACAGCUUGAAUCUAGAACUCCCCUUUCUCCCUCCCCAGACCUCACCUCAGGAUGUUGCGGAGGCUGCUGGAGCGGCCCUGCACGCUGGCCCUGCUUGUGGGUUCCCAGCUGGCCGUUAUGAUGUACUUGUCACUAGGGGGCUUCCGAAGCCUUAGUGCCCUAUUUGGCCGGGACCAGGGGCCUACAUUUGACUAUUCUCACCCUCGAGAUGUCUACAGUAACCUCAGUCAUCUGCCUGGGGCUCCUGUAGCUCCAGGAGGUCCUUCAGCUCCUCAAGGCCUACCCUACUGUCCUGAACGAUCUCCUCUCUUAGUGGGUCCCGUGUUGGUGUCCUUUAGCCCAGUGCCAUCACUAGCAGAGAUUGUGGAACGGAAUCCUAGGGUAGAGCCUGGGGGUAGGUAUCGCCCAGCAGGGUGUGAGCCCCGCUCCCGGACAGCCAUCAUCGUGCCGCAUCGUGCCCGGGAGCAUCACCUACGCCUGCUGCUUUACCACCUGCACCCCUUCCUGCAGCGCCAGCAGCUUGCUUAUGGCAUCUAUGUCAUCCACCAGGCUGGAAAUGGAACAUUUAACAGGGCAAAAUUGCUGAAUGUUGGAGUGCGGGAGGCACUGCGUGAUGAAGAGUGGGACUGCCUGUUCUUGCAUGAUGUGGACCUCUUGCCAGAAAAUGACCACAAUCUCUAUGUGUGUGACCCCCGGGGACCCCGCCAUGUUGCUGUUGCCAUGAACAAGUUUGGAUACAGCCUCCCGUACCCCCAGUACUUCGGAGGAGUCUCAGCGCUCACUCCUGACCAGUACCUGAAGAUGAAUGGCUUCCCUAACGAAUACUGGGGCUGGGGUGGUGAGGAUGACGACAUAGCUACCAGGGUACGCCUGGCUGGGAUGAAGAUCUCUCGGCCCCCCACAUCUGUGGGACACUAUAAGAUGGUAAAGCACCGAGGAGAUAAGGGCAAUGAAGAAAAUCCCCACAGAUUUGACCUCCUGGUCCGUACUCAGAACUCCUGGACUCAAGAUGGGAUGAACUCUCUGACAUACCGAUUGCUGGCUCGAGAACUGGGUCCUCUCUAUACCAACGUCACAGCAGACAUUGGGACUGACCCUCGGGGUCCCCGGGCUCCUGGUCCCCGUUAUCCACCCGGUUCUUCCCAGGCCUUCCGUCAAGAGAUGCUGCAGCGCCGGCCCCCUGCUAGGCCUGGCCCUCUGCCUACUGCCAACCACACAGCCCGCCAUAGUCCACACUGAUUCCUCCUUGCCCACCUUAAUCAUGAAACUGAAUCAGAAGGGUUGUAUUCUCCCUACCCUCAGCUCCUCACUGCUCUUAGAGGGAUGUUGGGGGGAUUGAACUCUAGUGCUAUGUUGGGGGGCAGGGGCCUCUCCUCACUGCUAGAAUGGAGCUGGGCUCCUCUAGACCUGGAGGUCCCUCUUUCUAGGGGACCGGCCAGGACUUAUGACUGUGAAUCCUUGAUGUCAUAAUUUUAUGUGACAACUCCUGGGAGUCCCCUGCCCCUGGGGUAGGAGCAGGGCUGGACCCCAAGUCCCUUCCUCUUCCAUGGAGAUUACUCUCUUCCAAGAGUGAUCUGGCUUCUCCUGGGACCUCUGUGAAUAUUUAUUCUAUUUAUGGUUCCCAGGAAGCUGUUUGGUGAAGGAAGCCCCUCCCUGGGCACUUUCUGCCAGUGCUGGAGUAGCUCCCUUUUCUGGUCCUGGCUCAGGGGGCUGGGAUUUUGAUAUAUUUUCUAAUAAAGGACUUUGUCUCGCUUCUGCUCCUGC